GAGGACGAGUGGUUUUCUUUCUAAAAGAGCGCUUUUUUCCCGAGAACAUCUGAGAGCGAGGGUGGGUGAGUGAGUGAGAGAGAGAGAGAGAGAGAGAGAGAGAGAGAGAGGCGAAGAGGCGUUCGGCGAUAAGGUGGGGAGAGGGAAGGGAAAGGACCGGGAGGUUGUGGUUACUUACCUUCUUUGCUUCCAAAUAGAGGAGGGGGAGACGGUUAAAGGCGUUUUGAGAACUUCGCCGUUCUUCGCCUCAGGCGCUCGACUGCCCCGCCGCGUCUUGAAAGGGAUAUUAGGAGAGAAGAGCACCGGAGAAUAUUUGGGAUCCCGAUAGCGGUUGUAUCUAAAAGCUGCGUAGUACGAAUGCUGCUUUGCUGAGAAAGAGAAGGUAGAACGGGACGUGGUUCUGUGGCGUCCGCAUCGGGCGGACAGGAAAGCGCGAGCAUGGAGGCAGGAUCGGAAAGGGAGGAGCUGUACAAGGAGCUAUGGAAGUUGUGCGCAGGGCCGCUGGUGGAGGUGCCGCGGGGGAACGAGAGGGUCUUCUACUUCCCCCAAGGUCACAUGGAGCAGUUGGAGGCGUCGACAGAUCAGGAAAUGGAUCAGCAAAUACCCCGCUUCAAUCUUCCUUCCAAUAUUCUCUGCCGUGUUGUUAACGUUCAACUAAAAGCCGACCCUGAAACAGAUGAAGUUUAUGCUCAAAUUACUUUGCAGCCAGGACCGGAUCAAAGCGAGCCUACAAGCCUUGACUCAACUCUUCCCGAGCCUCCAAGGCCAACGGUCCAGUCCUUCUGUAAGAUUCUGACAGCCUCCGACACAAGCACCCAUGGCGGGUUCUCCGUUCUUCGAAGACACGCCACCGAGUGCCUUCCUCCACUGGAUAUGUCGCAGCCAACCCCAACGCAAGAGCUGGUUGCCACAGAUCUCCAUGGCUUUGAAUGGAGAUUCAAACAUAUCUUCAGAGGUCAACCACGGAGGCACUUGCUUACCACUGGAUGGAGCACCUUUGUCGCAUCUAAGAGAUUGGUUGCCGGGGAUGCAUUUGUUUUCCUGAGGGCGGAAAGUGGAGAAUUGCGUGUGGGAGCAAGGCGCCUCGCGAAGCAGCAGAGCAUGGUUCCAUCUUCGGUGAUAUCGAGUCGAAGUAUGCAUCUUGGAGUGCUUGCAACUGCAUCGCAUGCUAUUUCAACUGGCACUCUAUUCAUGGUCUACUACAAACCAAGGAUAAGUCAGUACAUCGUCGGUGUCAACAAAUACUUGGAGGCUGUUAAGCAUGGAUUCACAGUUGGGAUGAGAUUCAAAAUGAGAUUUGAGGGUGAGGAUGUUCCUGAGAAAAGGUUUACUGGAACUAUAGUUGGGGUAGGAGAUGCUUCUUCUCAAUGGGCAGGUUCUAAGUGGAGAUCACUGAAGGUUCGAUGGGAUGAAGCAACAAGUAUCGUGGUACCACGACCGGAUAGAGUUUCUCCGUGGGAGAUCGAGCCUUUAGAUGCCCCUGUUCCUGUUUUCAAUGCCCCGCAAGCAGUGUUUGUCAAGAACAAAAGGCCUAGGCAAUCCAUGGACACUGCGGAUCACUUAGUUCUUGAACCCACACCACCAUUCUGGUUUUCAGAAACGACCCAGUCUCAUGAUUUAGCUGCAUUAAGCAGUGCUGAUGCCAACAGCAGUGCAACUCAAGUAGUCUGGCCAUGCUUGCAGAAAGAAAAUACGGAAAAUGGUGUUAAAAAUGGUCCUAGCUCUUGUGACCCUGUAGUUUUGGAUGGCCGGCUGAAGGACUUCAAUUCGCCGAUCAAGAGGCCACCAUCUUCGCCGACAGAUGUUUCCCUGCAGCUGUUUCAGGACAUGAAUGGCGAGACAAAGGUCGCUUCAUUGGCUAAUGGCGUACGAGAAUGGAAGAAGCCUGAGGUCGGGGGCAACGGUUGCCGGUUGUUUGGGAUUGAUUUGAUGAAUCAUUCCAAGAGCACAGCCAUUGCUGAGAAGGCAAUUGCUGCACCUGUUGUGAGCAUAUCUGUUGCCCCGGUGGAAGAAUCGGACCGGCAGUCCGGGCUUUCAAAGGCUUUGAGAGAGCAGAAACAAGGCCUAGAUUCCAGUCCAAAGGAGAUGCAGAGUAGGCAACAUGGCUCUACCAGAAGUCGCACUAAGGUUCACAUGCAAGGCAUGGCCGUCGGCAGAGCUGUGGAUCUAACAAAUCUGGAAGGCUACAGCGAGCUGACAAGAGAGCUAGAACAGAUGUUUGAGAUCAAAGGAGAGCUUCGCCAACGGAACAAAUGGGAAGUUGUCUUCACUGAUGAUGAGGGUGAUAUGAUGCUUGUGGGCGAUGAUCCCUGGCCGGAGUUUUGCAAAAUGGCGAGAAAGAUAUUCAUCUAUGCGAGUGAAGAGGUGAAGAAGAUGAAGCCCGGGAGCAAGCUUUCUGCUCCUCCAUCCACAGAGGCUGAAGAAGCAGAUGGUGUGGUUGAUGCCGCCUUUUUUCAAGAGGAACCUCAAGCUGAAUGAUGAACAUAGCAGAAGAAGAAAUGGGAGGUGGCCCUCUCAAAUCUUUCAGUACAUGUUGCAGUUUUCUCUUCUUCAUUUUGGGAGGGAAUUCUAACUUGAAGAAUUCCUUUAUGCCUUGAGGCAAUCAACAACAAGCAUCAUCAUAUACUUUCCAGCUCGGAAUUUUUCAGAGCCUUGAAAAGGAUUGAGGAGACUAGGGUUAUAGAACUUAAGCUGAUGACAAUUGUUUACUUUAUUUUAGUAGUAAUAUGUAAGAAUGGAGAUUAAAGGAGAGUGGAAAGAGUAGAGGGAUGGAUAUGGGAAGGGUCAAUAUAAUGGUCUGGGUUUGCUGGGCGUAGUCAUACUCUCUAGUCUUCUUUCUUUUAUUUAAUUGUGCUUCAGUUUUUCUGCUAUAUGUUUGAACUCUCCUUGUACAUAUAUUAUUAUAAAAGUACAAAUAGACAUAUAUGGUCUGGGUAA